UGGAUGGCACAGGCAUUGUUUCAAAAGUUUAAACCAAUUUUACUGUGAUUUGUUUAUGACAGCUUUCGUGAACUAUACACUGAUACAGUCGAGCCAUGAUCGCUGAAGUCAUCCUUCUCAUUGUCACCCUGGUGCUUCUUCACCAUCUCUUUCAUCGUUACACCGAGCCCUCCAACCUACCCCCUGGGCCACGCCCUUACCCACUUAUUGGAAACCUCCCGCUGCUGAUUGGCUCAUUCUCCUCACUCCACGCCAAGCUCACUGAGCUCGCGAAAACAUACGGCAGCGUCUACAUUCUCUACCUCAACGGUCAGCGAUCUGUCGUCGUCUGCUCGGCUAAGGCAGCGCGCGAGGGACUGGUAGAGAGGAAAGACGCAUUUUCUGGUCGCCCUUAUAGCUUUUCAUUGGAUUACAUAAACAAAGGAAGUAAAAACAUUGGCUUUCUGGAUUACUGUCCCUCAUUUUUGCUUAAAAAACGAGUUGUACAGUCAUCCAUGCGUCAGUACUACCCCCAAGUUGAGGACAAAGUCAACCAUCAGUUGGAUGACGUACUGGCGAGGAUAAAAGCGCUUGACGGAACCGCCUUUGAUCCACACCACUUACUAUCACUGGUAACGCUGAAUCUUGUGACCUCGAUAGUAUUUGGGACCAAUUAGGCAUUUAACGAUCCAGACUUUCUUUGUCUGGUUCAAAUAAUAGAUGAUUUCAAUCAAGGUUUUGGAGCCUCGAACAUUAUAGACAUAUUUCCUUUUCUGUUUCAUCUGCCAAUCAGUGCAUCCAAGAAACUGAAAUCAAUUUCUGAGGCCCGCAACCAAUA